AUCAAUUAUACUUCAAUGAAAACAGCGACUUUCUCCCCCCUCCUCCACCUUCCUGUGUUUUUGUUCUCUUUAGUGAGCUCCAAAGCCAAUGCUGCCCAUUCCAGUGCCUUUCGCAACAGCUUGUAUGUUUACCAACAGGAUGUGGACAUUGCAAGUGAAUGCGCAAGCAAAUCCCUCAGUAGGGCUCAGACAAAAGUUACCCUUGAUGAGAGCAAUAGGACCUGGGGUAAAAGCACAGUCUAUCGGCAGGAGGAUUAUGAAGAAGAAGUGCAGAAAGCCUGCAAGAAGAAAGGGCGGACGUGGGGUCCUAGUUCUAUGCAAACCAAGGAGCGUGCCAGUUGUGAGGAAAGGACAAGGCCUCUGUCAGAUGGGAAUAAUCCAUGGUCUACCAGCUUAUUGAAGUCUCCAACUUUACCUCUGACCUCCGUUUUUGCAAAUGUUGCAGACCAGGGGAUUGCAUCUGAGCAGAAUCAAGCUGCUGAAGACUAUGAGAAUCGACCAAAGCAGUCCAAAUUACCUAAUCAGGUGUAUAUUGAUCUACCUCUUCGUGAAGAUCAGGGAGAGGGAGAUGGGGGCAGCGAAAGCCAGGAAGAGAUGACGACGACACCUAUUAGCUCGACCAACAGCACCCCACAGGUCACUCCUACAAAUAGCCUGAAGAGGGUUGUUCAGAGGAAGAAAACUGACAUGGUUCUGUACGGCUGUGCUGUGCUGCUGGCCUCCGUGGCCUUGGGCUUUGAUGUCCGGGAAGUGAAUAAGUCGGAGGAGAUUGAAGUCAAAGAGGAGAAGAAGAAGAAGGAGGGACUCUUUCAGAGAACCAGCAGGUUCCGCAGAAGCACAAGCCCUCCGAACAGGACAGCCUCCAGGAAGGACGAGGCCAGCAUCCCCUCACUGAACUUGCCUGCCGUCAACCUCUUGUCAAUGUCUUCCAUUUCUGAAUGUAACUCCACCAGGUCCUUGCUCAGGUCGGACAGCGAGGAUGCAUCCAUCUUUAACGUGGCACUUGCUCCUUCAGCCACCAUCCACAAACCAGAAUUCUUGACCGACAAUCCUUCAAACAGCUCUGUCAAUGGGACACACAAGACUCCGGAUAAGUCGCCUUUGUGGGACACUGAGAGUUUGAAAGAGUCUAGUCCAGUGCCUAGAGAGGCAGCUGUUAAACCCACUGGCCAGUUGCCGCCAGAAGGAAGCCCAACCACUAACGGAGUUGCAGACAUCAGUCCAUGCAGAGAGUCCGAGUUCCCGCGUCUUCCAGAUCCCAAGUCCCUGUACCCAACGUCUGCGAGGAGAAGGACUCCCAAAAGGGAUGUGCCGCCUGAGAGACCAAACUCCGGGGACGCUGUACCCAGGCCACGGCCAUCCCUGCCCCAAAUCAGAACGGACCCCUGGCGGUUUGUGUCUCACUCGCUCAUCCAGAAAGACUCCCCAGAUGCCACAGUGCCUACAUUGGACGCACUCCUCGCUGCCGAGCGAUGUCCCCGUUUGCCUUUUGGUGCCUGCUCUCUACUUGACAUGGACGUUGAAGGCCAGUGCCAGGAUGGCACAGUUCCUCUGUGCAGGGGGGAGUCCCAGCCCAGCAGACCCAGUGACUUCAAACUGGAGAGAGAGUUCAUGUUUUAGCACUCACUGCCUUGCAGAUGGGACUACGCCUCGUUCCUUUACUUGCAAGAGCAAUUUCAUGAAUGCGUUGAACCUUGUUUGGAAAGAAAAAAAAUGUGAACAGAAUGUAUAUUUUGUUUUCUCUCGGCAUUUUUCUAUUGUAGACCCUUGUGCUCCCCCCUAAUCACAGCAGA